AUGGAUAUGGCAAAAUCGUUUAAAGCUGCCAUUAAUAGAACCUUUAGCGACAAAGGUGGAGUGUUCUGGGAAAAAGUGAGUGACCAACAGCUGAGAAGCUAUAUCAUGGAAAUGAUGCGAGAGUUUGCUUCGAAUGAAUCAAGGAAACAAGUUACUGGAAGCUUGAUUAUUGGUCGCCAACCGAAUCCCGUUAGAGUGAAUGACUUCGGAGAAACUUUGGAUGAACACGCUACAACUGGUGAAAUCAAAGAUGACGUCGACAACGCCGUGUAUAUAUUGAACGAGAAUGUUCAGGUAAUAAUAUAAUAUUAUCUGGGCCACAGUAGUGUUGUACCCUACAAUCCUAUAUCCAGCGAGGAAAGUAAUUAUUAUUCAGUAAAUAGUAGUGCCGGUGUCACAGGAGAUUCGCCCCCUCCCCAGGAGAUUCGCCCCCUCUCAAAAGGGGGGCGAAAUUCCUAGGAUAUUCGCCCCCCCGGGCGAAUCUCCUAGGAAUAUCGGCAAUGAAAAUUGAUAUCAUGUCUCUCGUCCACAAUUUUCAAAAAUUUGGAGCGGGAUUUUUUCGUUUUUCAUUACUUUUUGGAUUCGAAUUCUGCUUGUCAAUAAUUUCCUUGACCCAGUAAAAACCCCCAUAAAAAUCUGAAGUAUUAAAAACUGGUGUAUAAUUUAUUUUAAUUUAAUACGUCCUACACUACAGUCUACAGUAUAUUUCUUUACAUACCAGGGCUGACAUGAAAAAUAGAGGCAUUCUGGCGAGUAAUAUCUUUAGAAAGAUACAAUUUGAGUUGCGCUUGCGGAACGCAGCAAUAAGACCUUGAUCUGGAGAUCAAUUUGGUGUUUUGUUAAGCCUAUUUUUCAAAAAUAAUGAAUAAUGAAAAAUUUUCGUGCGGCAGAUAAAUCUCAUGCCUAAGAGGGGGGCGAAUUUCCUAAGGGGGGGGGGCGAUAUUCCUACGAAUUUCGCCCCCCGUGGGGCAAAAAUGUAGGGGGGGCGAAAAUCCUGGGACACGGGAAGUGACGUCUUUACAGCUGCAGCCAUGGACAAUAGCAUCACGUAGGUUUUCCGCAUUCUAAAGUGGCAUGUCAUACGAUUCGUCACCUUUCAUAAUAUACCUCACAGGGUACGUCACUUCCGGCGCUAGUAUUUCCUGAAUACUAAUUGCUUCCCUCGCUGGAUGUUGGGUAUAACACUACUGGCCACAUAUACAUGACGAUUUUUCUUGCAAAUAUUUGAUCCAAAAAAGCGUAGUUGAAAACAUUAAUUAAAUAACCGGUAUAUUUUCAGUUCGACUGUUAAUGACUAAGAACAUUUUCUUUUUUCUGUGUUGGUGCUGUGUUGGGGGCUAGUAUUCCAAAGGUCGUAGGUUCGAUUCCCACCAUGACCGGGCAUAUUUUUCAAGCUCGCCCGGUCUGGAUGUACACUCAGAGUAACAUCACAAACAUAACAUUUUCUUUGUUUACAGAUGAAUAAGGAUGGUGUCAUUCCGAAGGAAAAUUGGACACAUAGGUGGAUGGUUCCUUUCCUGAAAGUCAUGCCGUGGGUGGAGAAGAACGCAAGUACGUUUCUGCAUGCUAACCCGGUUCAUAUCGAGAUACCAUUACGGAUAUUCGACUGGGAAUUGUUUAUCGUGAAAGCGAAGUUCUUCUUUAAAACCAAUUUCAUGCCAUUCUUGAUGUUACUGUGCGGUGGUAUUGGUCAAUUCCAUUAUAAAAAAAUCAUCGAGUGCAUAGGUAUGUAUUAAUAUAAUUUUCGGUCAACUGACCUGUACAAUACUUAAUAUUUUAAGCUCUUCAUUGCAUGCUAAUCAGCAAUAUGAUACGUUACUUCUCGUCACCCCCUGCGCGCAUAAAUUAAAAGCCACGCCAAUAUUUAACAAUUAUUCGCAGAAGGCGAGGUGAUUAUCGGGUGAUUACUGAGGCGAAUAAUUGUUUGAAUUACCAAGCCUGAGGCGAAUAAUUGUUUUGGUAUUUUGUGGGUUUUUUUUACUGAAUUUAUUUUAAUUUCGCUUAGUUCUUUGUCAGUAACUUGCACAAAAAGGCUAGCCGCCAUUUUGCAAAUUUCGGUUUUGCUAUAUUCACCUAACACUUUUUGCUAUAACAACAACUUAAUACGGCACUGUUUUGACUACUAUCCGUAGCUUUAGAGUCAUGUCCAGUACCAACAGCCAUCGGUGAAACAGCCUGCGGAAAAUCUACUGCACUGCGUCUUGUGAGAAAGUUAAUGGGCAUGCACAUGGUUUCCCAGUCAUCUGGUGAAUUUAUAGUGUCCAACUUGACCAUUACAACGAUUCCCGUAUGUUGGGAUGACCCAACACAUGCAUCCUGUGUUCGUCAGCCAUUAAUGUCUGUCUUCAAUGGACUUGGUAAUCAAACCCAAAAGCGCGGAGACGAGAAACCAAAAACAUCAUUUCUGCUGGCAGUUAACUUUGCAUUGGAUGAUGACAUGAGGUAAAAACGCAUGCUUAGUAAAUUCCAUUUUCUAUUUGUCGCUGCAGUAGAAUAUGCACGGACUAUGUCGUUCGGAUCCGUGAACUGAACAACAGAAUAAAUAGGCAGAAUAUGUUGGAGGUUUGAUGGCUAAUCAAUAUCAAUAAUUUAUUUCUAGUCAGUUAUGUUCAUCUUUAAAUCUGAUAUAGAUCGUUUGAAAGGACGACUCCUAUUUACUUCCAAAAGCUAGUAACUGAUGGUACUGAAGCUGCUGGAGACUACCUUGAAGCUAAAAGAGACAUCUUCCUCUUCACGUCCACUCAUUGCCUGCCUCAUAUAAUACGGAUGAGUCAAUGUGUUAAUUCUGCCAACCUCGCCAAGCAUAUGGACUAUUUCAGGGAUCACCUGGUUGGAAUGUCUCCACGACUGCCUGAAAUCUAUUCAAUUUAUCGCCUGUUUGCGCACGAGGUAACUGAUACAUCCCACCUAUAUAAGCAAUGAAGUGAUCACAAAAUGUUUGCCUUCUUGAACUGUUAAAACAUAGUAUGUAUUCAAUAUAUUUUGAAAUUAUAUAGUCUCGGACUAUAAAUCACGCUUAUACUUAUAGCCUCGUUCAAUAGUUGACAAAGAUUAUCCUGAUGAGAUCUGAUGACGGUUAGUGAAAUUUUGACUUAUUUUAAAGUAAUUUAAUGUACAACGUUCUUUAUACUUUCAGAUAAUCAGUUUAGUAGAUAACGAAGCAGUGCUCAACACACAAGCUUUUGACGAUUUUCUCGAAGCACAUUUUCUGCCCCAUGUCAAGUCAUUAUAUGCAACAACAGUCAAAGUGCACACCAACCUUGAAGAUAUCAUGAAGCUAUUGGUUCAAGCCAUUGAAUUGAACGAAAGAAAUGAAGCCGAUGUAAGUUGUAUUAAAAUUCGAAAUACAUACCUCGAUCACCAGUAUAUAGAAGGUUGAAUAAAGGUUGUUCGCGUGGUUUGAAGCCGGGUGGUCAAUAUAUAUGUAGUUUUUGCCUCGUAUAACAACUGUGUACGUAGGCCUGUUGUAACGUUAAUUAAUUACUUAGUUUUUUUUUUUAGCUUAGGACAUGGAUGAGGCCAACAGUUGUCGCAAAGGACAAGACCGUAUUUAUUGCCUUUGUUCUCCCAAAGGCCUUAAAAGAAGUCAAAGAUGCUGGCCUCACGCCUCCAACUGAAAGGAAUGCGAGAGAUCUCAUCAAUAGCGUUGGUGGAAGUUCAGAUUUUAAGUCGACCUUCCGAAAACAACCGACAAAAAUCAGCGCUGUUCGAAUUCCGCGAUCAGCAUUGAGCAAAAGUGUUUUGCAACAGAUUGAUGGAUGUAUGUACUUCAUUCUAUUAAUUGUUUCUUGUAUUGUAUCUAUGUUACUUUCAAUGCACCAAUCAAAUACAACCUGGAUGACUUCAGUCUUCACCAGCAUUUCAUACCUUAGAAAAGGCGAGCCUUUUUCAUACAUAGCUAGGGUGAAUUUCUUCUACUACUAAAGGUGGUCUAAGCAAAAAAGGUGACAAUUGAAGAUUCAUUUCCUUCCUUGCCUUUUCUUCAGGCCACUUUCUUCCCCAAAGCCUCAACCUCCAUUGGGGGAGCGCAAAUGAUAAUUAUAAACGUAGGUUUUUUAUUUAGUCUUCAACAUCCCGCAAGAAGACAACGUCGACGAAUGUGACGAGAAUGAGCAGCCUUGUGCUAACUGUGCAGCUCUGGAGUUGGAACUCAAGAUGUGUAGAACAAAAAGUGAGCAAGAGUUGCAGGCUACUAAAGAUCGCUUUCAACAACAAAUGGAACGUUUGGAUAAAGAAUUCAAGGAAGAGAGAGAGAUCAACACAAAAAUGAAAGACGAUUUCCAAAGCAAAAUAUUGCAGCUUAAUAAUAAAUUGGUAGAUGCCAAAGCUGAAAUGGAAAAAUCUGGAAGUAAAUCGAAGCCGCGUCAACCUCACGUUCACCACCCAUCCACGAGUGGAUCAAGCAUUGUUGCCGAGUCCAUUAACAAUGCUGUGGGUUGGUAUUCCUUUUACGUAGUUCUCACAAAACAUUUCUUUCCAGUUGAUUGACAGAAAAUAACAUAUUUUUACCAAUGUAAUUUAGAUUCUCAAAGAGCAUCACCAGUAACCUCAGAUGCGGAUUGCCUUGAUGAUUCUGGUAAGAUUGGUGUCUUUAUAGAGUAUAUAAGGCCUGUUCAAACAUCGCUCUUCUCAUGUGCCGAACGCAUUAGGAAAACAAUAGAUAAUCAUGCGACGUUUCAGCUGAUGCGUUCAGCACAUGAGAAACGCGACGUUUAAAACAGGCCUAAUUCUGUUCACAAUAAUAUAGUACGACUUUAAAUUGAUAUAUUGCAAUAUGUUUGUAUUCCUUAACAGGUUUUCUAGAUAGCAGUGAUGAAACACAAAAAGGUAUGUAUGCACCAUACCACACGCUCCUCAUUGACAUCUCUCCAUAUAGCCCAAUGGCGCUCUACAAUUUAAAGUGA